CCUUGGUGGCACCGGCUAAGGAAAAAGAAAGAAAACAUAUAAACCAAGCAGAAACACUCUACUGAAUCAAAAAGGAUAAACACUUGCACCUCUGCAGAUUUUCCCAAACCAUAACCGGCUCAGGCUCCAGAAUGUGGUUCCAGGUGUUUUUCUUUUGCCUGUCCUGCUUACCUCUGUCAAGCCGAAGCCAGGCCCAAGACAGAUCCUUGUUCCACCGCUCCAAUGACCACACUGGGCGCUGCCACUACACCUUCACUGUGGCUAGUCCAGAGGAGUCCAGCUGCUCUGAAAACAACAUCAAACCAGAGAUGGAUGGAGUCUCGUCCCGACUCACUCUGCUGGAGGCUUUGGUCAGCCGUCUGAUAACUGGGGUAGAUGGAGGUGUUGGGACUGGUGAUGAUCAAGAGGGUCUCCAGGAAGCUUACUCCCUGGUUACAGGGGAGAGAAACCAGCUGCAGCAGGACAAGGAGCAUCUGAACAGGCAGGUCCAGGAGCUGCAGAGGAGGCUGGACGAGCUGAGUCAGGAGGCUGAGAGCCUUAGACAAAAACCUUGCCAGCAGACACACACCUCAGGGGGAACUCAGCAUGAAAACAGACCUGUCAGUGACCCUGCAUAUGACUUUGGGAAUAGUGCAUACCAGGAGAUGAAGGCUGAGGUUACAGAAGUUCCAGCAUCCCACCUCAUUCCAGAAAGAAAUCACAAUUUCACAGCCUGUGGAGAGCUGGUGUCAGUGGGAGACCCCGUGAUGCACAGGAAGGCUGACAGCAUCACAGGGAAGUAUGGAGUGUGGCUGCAGGAUCCCGAGCCCCAGGGCCCUCAUUACACUAACAAGACUGUGUGGCGCAUCGACACAGUGGGUAAAGAUGUCCGCCAGCUCUUUGCUUAUGAAGACAUGGAUCAAUUCUCCAGAGGCUUCCCUACAAAGGUCCUGGUCCUGCCAGAGCCUGUGGAGAGCACAGGGGCAACCGUGUACCGCGGCUCCCUCUACUAUCAGCGCAGACGCAGCCGGACCCUCAUCCGAUAUGACCUGGCCUCUGAGGGCCUGGCAUCACGCCGGGACCUGCCUCACGCUGGCUUCCAUGGCCAGCAUCCUUACUCAUGGGGUGGCUACACUGACAUCGACUUGGCAGCAGACGAACAGGGUCUGUGGGCUAUCUACAGCACAAGCAAGGCAAGGGGGGCGAUCGUGAUUUCCCAGCUGGACCCAGAGAGCAUGGAGGUGAAGAAGAGCUGGGAAACAAACAUCAGGAAGAACACAGUGGCCAAUGCUUUCAUGAUAUGUGGACGUCUGUACACGGUGGCCAGCUACACUGCAGCUAACACCACCAUCAACUAUAUGUUUGACACAGCCACUGGGGUGGGGCGGGCUGUUGCUGUGCCCUUCAAGAACAAGUACCGUUACAACAGCAUGGUGGACUACAACUACGCCCAGAGAAAGCUGUAUGCUUGGGACAACUUCCACAUGGUCACCUACGACAUUAGACUGGGCAAGGCCAGCCACAGCAGCAGGAGCUGAAGAGGACAGAGAGAAACUGAUGUUUACAGGACUGUGCUGUUAGACGAGCAAGUGAAUGAGAUGAAGCAUAUAACCAUUUGCGUUGUACUGAGGUCGUCUAUGUGUUUUUGCAUGACUAAAAUCUAUUUUUGCUAUUGCUGUUGUAAAUAAAAUCAGCAGAAAUAUAUUCGUAAAGCAGAUUAAUGUAGCUGUGAUAGGACCGUUGAUGAUCUCAGAGAUUAUUACAAACAGUAACCAUGGUUUAGAAUUGUUUAAUAUUUUUGUUAUCUGUUGCUAAGUGUUCACACUAUUUAUGUUCUCAAUAAAACAUUUGUCAUUUAAAAUGAAACUUUCUUGCUUGGGCUUCUUGUUAUUGUCCUUGAUAAUGAGAACACAG